GGAGCGAUCGCUGGGCUCAGGCCCGGCAGCAGGAAGUGACUCGCAGCCGCUGCGGGGACUCUGGCUCCAGGCUCCUGGCGAGAUCCCCGAGCCCCGGCGGCUGGUGCUGGGAGCCCGGAGCCCGGGCUGCAGCCGGGAGAGGGGAAUCUCCAGCAGGGCCCUUCCCGCUGCUCCCCAGGAGCCUCUCCCAGGGCAGAGCCCCCAGCCCGGCCAGGCCCCUUCCCGGCCCGGCCCCUGCCCCAGGGGGCCCCGCUCGGAGGGAAGGCUGAGGAAUCACGUCCACCUUUUGCUUCAGAUGGGCCCGUCUUCCAGGAGACAGGGAAGGGAAAUGUCUGUGAUGGAGCCAGCUCAGAUGCCGGUGACCUUCGAGGAGGUGGCUGUGUAUUUCACCCAGGGGCAGAGCGCACUCCUGGAACCCGCUCAGAGGGCCCUCUACAGGGACGUCAUGCAGGAGAACUACGAGACGGUGACCUCGCUGGGAUUCCCCCUUCCCAAACCUGAGCUGAUCACCCGGCUGGAAGGAGGGGAAGAGCCAUGGGUGCCCGAUCUCCGGGACUGCAAAGAAAGAAGGCUUCCGAGAUACACCCGUACAGGUGCUGAGCGAGGGAGUGAGAAUGAGGAGGGGAAUCAUCAUGAGGAAGUUCCCGGGGAAGUGGAACUGCAGAGGACCUUUGUGGGAAGAGCUGAAGGGAAUUUUUCCCAGUGCUUGGAGCAGGAAAAGGCCUGGGGAAACUGGCAGAGGUCAGAGAGGCUUCUGGAACACCAUCCAGGGAAGAGAGUGGAUGAAUCUAUUACCGGUGGGGAAGGAAACAAGGAUCCCAGAGCACAGCAGACAAAUCCCAAGGAAGAGACAGACGGGCACGACCCUCAGUGUGGGAAAGAAUACAUUGUGAGAUCACAGCUUGUGACACAUCGGACAAUCUGUACUGGAGAGAAACCCUUUCAUUGCUUGGACGAUGGGGAAAUCUUCAAUAAGCUCUCAGAUCUUAAUAACCAUGGGAGCAGCCACACUGGAGAGAAAACCUGUCAAUCCCUCGAAUGCGGGGAAUGUUUCAUUUCGAAGACACAAAUAAUUAGACAUCAGGCAAUCCACACAGGAGAGAGACCCCACAAGUGCUUUGACUGUGGGAAAAGUUUCAUAAGAAGGUCACACCUAGUUCGUCAUCAGGCUAUCCACACAGGAGAAAGACCGCACAAGUGCUUUGACUGUGGGAAAAGUUUCAUAAGAAGGUCACACCUUGUUAAACAUGAGGCAUCACAUACAGGAGCGAGACCGCAUAAGUGCUUGGACUGUGGGAAAAGUUUCAUACAAAGGUCAGUCCUUGUUCAACAUCAGGCAAUCCACACAGGAGAAAGACCCCACAAGUGCUUGGACUGUGGGAAAAGUUUCAUAAGAAAGUCAAACCUUGUUAAACAUCAGGCACUCCACACAGGAGAGAGACCCCACAAGUGCUUGGACUGUGGGAAAAGUUUCAUAAGAAGGUCACACCUUGUUAAACAUCAGGCAUUACACACAGGAGUGAGACCCCAUAAGUGCUUGGACUGUGUCAAAAGUUUCAUACAAAGGUCAGACCUUGUUAAUCAUCAGGCAUUACACACAGGAGAAAGACCUCACAAGUGCUUGGACUGUGGGAAAAGUUUCAUAAGAAAGUCAAAUCUUGUUCAACAUCAGGCAAUCCACACAGGAGAGAGACCCCACAAGUGCUUGGACUGUGGGAAAUGUUUCAAAGUGAGGUCAAACCUUGUUCACCAUCAGGCAAUCCACAGAGGAGCAAGACCCCACAAGUGUUUGGACUGUGGGAAAAGUUUCAUAUGGAGGUCUGACCUCAUUAAACAUGGAAGAAUCCACACAGGAUCUAAACUUCUGUGACACAUGGCAAGAAAGGGUUAAGCAACUUGCAUGUAACUUACUCAGAGAGAGUGUCCACUUUAGAUAAGCUAGAAUUUGAAAUGUAAAUGUGUAUUUUUAAAGACUUGGAAGAAGAGGGCAAGUCAUGUCUGAGUAACCUAAUUGCCUUCUAUGACGAGAUAACUGGCUCUGUGGAUGAGGGAAAAGCAAUGAAUCUGUUAUUACUUGAUUUUAGCAAAGCUGUUGAUAUGAUCUCCUACAGUAUUCUUGCCAGCAAGUUAAAGAAGUAUGGGCUGGAUGAAUGGACUAUAAGGUGGGUAGAAUGCUGGCUAGAUCGACAGGCUCAAGGGGUAGUGAUUAAUGGCUCCAUGCCUAGUUGGCAGCCGGUAUCAAGCGGAGUGCCCCAGGGGUCAGUCCUGGAGCUGGUUUUGUUAAGUAUCUUCAUUAAUGAUCUGGAGGAUGACGUGGACUGCACACUCAGCAAGUUUGCAGAUGACUCUAAACUGGGAGGAGUGGUAGAUACUCUGGAGGGUAGGGAUAGGAUACAGAGGGACGUACACAAAUUAGAGGAUUGGGUCAAAAUACAUCUGAUGAGGUUCAACAAGGACAAGUGCAGAGUCCUGCACUUAUGAUGAAAGAAUACAAUUCACUGCUACAAACUAGGGACCGAAUGGCUAGGCAGCAGUUCUGCAGAAAAGGACCUGGGAUUACAGUGGAUCAGAAGCUGGAUAUAAGUCAACAGUGUGCCCUUGUUGCCAAGAAGGCUAACGGUAUUUUGGUCUGCACAAGUAGGGGCAUUGCCAGCAGAUCGAGGGAUAUGAUCAUUCCCCUCUAUUCAACAUUGGUGAGGCCUCAUCUGGAGUAUUGUGUUCAGUUUUGGGCCCCACACUACAAGAAGGAUGUGGAAAAAUUGGAAAGAGUCCAGCGGAGGACAACAAAAAUGAUUGGGGGGUGGAGCACAUGACUUAUGAGGAGAGGCUGAGAGAACGGGGAUUGUUUAGUCUACAGAAGAGAGGAAUGAUGCGGUAUUUGGUAGCUGUUUUCAACUACCUGAAAUUGGGUUCCAAAGAGGAUGGAUCUAGACUGUUCUCAAGGGUACCAGAUCACAGAACAAGGAGUAAUGGUCUCCAGUUGCAGUGGGGAAAGUUUAGGUUGGAUAUUAGGAGAAACUUUUUCACUAGGAGGGUGGUGAAGCACUGAAAUGAGUUACCUAGGGAGGUGGUGGAAUCUCCUUCCUUAGAGGUUUUUAAAGUCAGGCUUGACAAAGCCCUGGCUGGGAUGAUUUAGUUGGGGAUUGGUCCCGCUUUAAGCAGGAGAUUGGACUAGAUGACCUCCUGAGGUCUCUUCCAACCCUGAUAUUCUAUGAUUCUGAGAGGGGUAACUGUAGUUGUCUAUAUUUAGCUAUCGAAAGGGUUCCUGUCUUCUGUUAAUUCAGGGAUCAAUAAUUCAGCGAUUAUACCCGUUGCCCAUGCCACCUGCCCAAUUCCAGCUCAGUCUCAUUGAAUUCGCUGGGGGUAGUGGUUGAAGGAUGGAGGGAAUGUUUAUAGCUGAAAUCACCAAAAUGUGUUUUGCAACGUUAAUGUUAAUCGGAUCUGUUCCGCUCUCCUUCUCGGACAUUUUCUGUGUGGAUCCCGGAGACGGAAAGGAUCAGGUGUUACCAUCUUGGCUACCAAUCCCCACAGUGACUCUAUGCACUAACAAUUCUCAGAGUGUGGGCAGAGUCUCCCAAUGGAGGCACAGGAAUGUGUCAAGGGAGGCGUGAUCAGUGUGGGUUGUUUGGUUUUUUUUUAAAGAGCACUGGUUGUCGGGCCGAGUUGGCUGGGGCUCAUGAAGAAGGAACAGGCCUAGCUGGGAGUUGGGGAUCAAUGCUCAGGCUCUCAAACCCAGGUGGAGCAGCAGCACAGAAGUAGGGGUGUCAGUGGGGUGAUAGGUCUGCUGUGAACAGCGAUAUUGUUGAAUAUCACUUUUCACGUGGCCACCCUAACUUCUGUGCUGCUAUUGGAGACCUUCAGAGCUGUGCACAGCGCCAGCAACUACUCUGCCUUUAGAGCUAGGUGGUAAGAUAUGUGCUUUUAAGGGUGGGGGCCUAUAUAACCACAGAGACAAAGAAUGGAGGGACAAUGAAACACAUCUGAGAACCACUGGUCUACACUAUUAUGGGCACCACGUUUACAAAAUGAUAAAUCUUCUCCAAAGUACGUCUUGUGAGGUAUCAUAGGAAAAGUCAUUGCCUGCUGAAUAUUAAUGUCCCAUUAAAAUGUGUCUAUCAGCACUGUCCAUGGAGCUCUGAGAGUUUGCUGUAUGUUUGUUACAUGCUGUAAAGCUGGAAAACGCCCACAGAUGAGCUCCUCAGAGACAAUGGCACCUGCACACCAGCUAAGUGGCCAGUAAUUGUUUAGGGUAUGUCUACACUAUGAAAUUAGGUUGAAUUUAUAGAAGACGGUGUGACGUUGUGCAGUCUAUAUUGUUUUAUAAAAAUAUAAGUGAAUGUAAUGUAUCUGGGAUAUGCUUCAUGCAAAAGGUCUCUUGUAAGGUAUCAUUAUAAAGCUCAUAAUCUACUGAGUGUGAUCAUCCUAUUUGUAGAAAUGUACCACUCUUGUAUCUAAAACUAGAAGUAUAAGACAUAACUCUGAGGGCCUAUUGUAAUUGUGUAAAGUGUGGACCAUUAAUGAUGGUUUGGAAUCUUGAUGACUCCCAUUGUCUGCAGAUGGCUGUAUUUACCUGUGAGUCUUCCUUUAUAUGUGUGUGCUGGCAAGUGAGUAAUGAAGUCUUGCAGUGACAUGUCAUCAUGUCACCUGAACUGGAAUCCAUCUUUAACCAGGUUCUUUUCCAGUGGGGGGGGGGGGGGGGGGUGGAAACCCAGAGGGACAAAGGGUUCCCGCCUUAUGCAAAAGAUAUAUAAAGGGGUGGAAGAGAAGAGAGGGGGAGAGGAGCCAUCAUGAAGAAUCCCCUAGCUAUCACCUGAGCUGCAACAAGAGCUGUACCAGGGGAAAGAAUUGUGCCCAGGCCUGGAAGGUGUCCAGUCUGAGAAAAAACUUACUGAACCAUCUCUGAGGGUGAGAUUAUCUGUAUUUAGUUUGAUUAGACAUAGAUUUGCGCAUUUUAUGUUAUUUUGCUUGGUGACUUACUUUGUUUUGUCUGUUACUACUUGGAACCACUUAAAUCCUACUGUCUGUAUUUAAUAAAAUUACUUUUUAUUUA